AUGAAGGCGCUGAGGGAGCUGUGGGGCCUCAGGGAGGCGGCGGGGCCCGCAGCCGCAGCAGCCAGCCAUGAGAGCCUAUUGCCCGAUGAGAGAGAAUUUCAGUAUGCUGCUAAAAUGAACAAUUUGGAAACCAUGGAAAAAUUAUUUAAAAAGAAUAUUAACAUAAAUGCUGUAGAUACUUUGAAACGCACUGCUCUGCAUUUUGCUGUUGCAAGGAAUCAUGUAUCUGCAGUGGAUUUUCUUCUCCAUCACAAAGCUAGAGUUGACAUUGCAGAUCAGCAUGGCCUCACGGUGAUUCAUCUCGCAGCUUGGUCUGGAAAUCUGGAUAUUAUGCGAAAAUUAGUUAAAGCAGGUGCUGAUCAAAAGGCUAAGAAUGAGGAAGGAAGGAAUGUACUGCAUUUUGCAGCUCAGAACAACAGUGUUAAAAUAGUUGAUUAUUUUAUCCAAGAUCUUCACCUGAAAGACUUGAACAAGCCUGAUGGGAAAGGUAGAAGGCCAUUUCUUCUGGCAUCUGAAAAAGGCCAUGCUGAUAUGAUUAAUGAUUUGAUUAGUCUAAAGAUGUCUACAUCUGAAAAAGAUAAGGAGGGAAAUACGGCAUUGCAUCUAGCAGCUAAAAAUGGACACAGCCAAGUUGUAGAAAUUCUGCUCAAAGAGUGGGAAGAAAUAAAUGACCUCAAUCAGAAUGGAGAAACUCCAUUUUAUUUGUCUGUUGAAGGAGGUCAUGAAAAAUGUGCUGAACUCUUGCUGGAAGCAGGGAGUGACAUCAACCUUCUAACCCAAAACAAUACCAAUGCUCUACAAAUUGCCAUCCAGAAUGGACAUCUAUCCUUGGUCUCAUUUCUUCUUGAUAAGAAUAUUGACCUUGUUCCCAAACCAGAGCAGAAGAAUACUCCUCUCCAUUUAGCAGUCAUCAAUAAUCAUCUAACUGUAGUAAAAAGUCUCUUGGGUGCCAAUCAUGAUAUAAACUCCCUGAAUCACAGGCAGGAAACCCCUUUACAUCUGGCGGCUGAUCUCGGCAACGUGGAGCUGGUGGAGCUGCUGCUGAAGGCCGGCUGUGACCUGCAGACCUCGGAUAAGCAUGGAAAAACUGCACUAGCUGUGGCAUCAAGGAGCAAUAAUGCCCUCAUCGUAGAUAUGAUCAUCAAAGCAGAAAGAUAUUACGCUAGAAAACAGGAACACCCAGAUCAUGAUGAUGCUGAGUCAGAUUUUGUUUUGUCUUUCAAACAAGAUCACAGUCUGCAAACCAAGCAAAUCCGUUCUUCCCUUUGGAAUCUAGCCUACAAACAGUUAAAACCCCAGGAAUGGAAAAAGCUGGCUCUGUUCUGGAAGUUCACAGAGGAACAAAUUAAAGCUAUUGAAGAACAAUGGACAGGAAGAAGUAGUUACAAGGAACAUGGGCACAGAAUGCUGCUCAUCUGGCUGCAUGGCAUAUUGCUGGCUCAUCAGAAUCCUGUCAAACAUAUCUAUGAAGACCUAAUGGAAGCAGGAUUCCAGCAUUUAGCAGAAAAGAUGCGAGCUGAAAGCAGCACUCACCAGGAGUCCAGAAAAUGUGCAAUUUCAUGA